AUGACUGGAGAAAAGCUCCUGGCCCGCUCAUUCUUCGCGGAUUUGGAACACGGACGGGUUAGCGCUGGCACUGACCAGGAGGCAUCACGGGCUGGACUAAAGAGAGAGACACAUUGGCCCGGACGGCAGACACGCAGCUCUCCGCGCCUCCGGGUCCGGGCAACUGCUUUAACAACAAAUGACAUUUGUCAAGCCCUGAGAGUCAGACAGCGGCACACUCAAAGAGCAGGGAGGGAGGCCACGCAAGGGGUAGGGCUCCCAGUGGCAUUUCCCUGGCACACACGCACCCACUCACCCCUGCGUGCACUCCUUCCAGAGCCCAAAGUUGGAGACCUGAUUGAGAUUUUCCGCCCUUUCUACAGACACUGGGCCAUCUACGUUGGCGAUGGAUACGUGGUCCACCUGGCACCCCCAAGUGAAAUGGCAGGAGCGGGCGCGGCCAGCAUCAUGUCCACCCUGACUGAGAAGGCCGUGGUGAAAAAAGAGCUGCUGGAUGACGUGGUCGGGAGAGACAGGUACCAGGUCAAUAACAAACACGAUGACAAGUACUCGCCGCUGCCUCCCAGCAAGAUCGUCCAGCGGGCGGAGCAGCUGGUGGGCCAGGAGCUGCCCUACUCGUUGCCCUGUGAGAACUGCGAGCACUUUGUGAACGAGCUGCGCUACGGAGUCGCCCGCAGCGAUCAGGUCAGAGACGCCGUGGUGGCGGCUGGCAUCGCCGGCGUGGGCUUGGCCGCCGUGGGCCUCAUCGGAGUCAUGUUCUCCAGAAACAAGCGGCAGAAGCAAUGAGUGGGAAGGGACCGUCCCAGCAGCAGUGACUUUUGUACACUCAGGGGGUCUUGUCGGGCCGGAGGUGUUGAGGUUUCGGUUUGCGGAUUUCAUGCUGUUUGAUGAUAAGGCUUAUUUUCGCAGGAUAAAAUAA